AUGGGCGCAUUACUCUCUCUGCCGCUCUUGGCAGUCCCCAGUGUGGGAACUGUACGCCUCGCCACACCACCACCACCACCACCACCACCCUCUCCGGCGCAAACUGACCCUCCUCCCAGCUCAUGACCUUCGCCGCCUCGUGCUGCGGCGCCGCAACCUGCAGCGCCGUCUGUUCCGCCUGCGGGAAAUGCAACAACAGCAUCGCUACCCGUAUCGCCUACGCCUUCAUCCUCCUCAUCAACUCUCUCCUCUCCUGGCUCAUGCUCACACCGUGGGCCGUCAAGAAACUCCAAGGCGUCCUGCUCGACUACGUUACAAUCGACUGCGCGGGGCACGAAUGCUUCGGUUUCGCCGCGGUGCACAGAGUCAACUUCGCGCUGGGGUUGUUCCACAUGGUGCUGGCUGUGGUGUUGCUGGGAGUGAACAGUUCAAAAGACGGACGUGCGCCCCUUCAGAAUGGAUUCUGGGGUCCCAAGAUUGUCGUUUGGCUGGGCUUGAUCGUGCUCAGCUUCUUGAUCCCCAAUACCUUUUUCGAGGUCUGGGGCAACUAUGUCGCCCUGGUGGGCGCCGUUUUGUUCCUGCUGCUGGGUCUGGUCCUGCUGGUUGAUCUGGCGCAUACCUUUGCGGAAUACUGUAUCGAGAAGAUUGAGGAUACCGAUUCGGGAGUCUGGAGGGGCGUCUUGAUAGGAUCAACGUUGGGCAUGUACCUGGGAAGCUUUGCCAUGGUGAUCGUCAUGUACGUCUUCUUCGCCGGAAGUGGAUGCUCGAUGAACCAAGCCGCCAUCACGCUCAACCUGAUCUUCCUCAUCGCCAUCAGCGUCAUGUCGAUCCACCCGAGCAUUCAGUCCGUCAACCCGCGGGCAGGUCUUGCUCAGGCAGCCAUUGUCUCGGUUUACUGCACAUACUUGACCAUGAGCGCAGUAGCCAUGGAGCCAGACGACAGAUCCUGCAAUCCUCUGGUCCGAGCGACUGGAACACGAACCGCUAGCAUUGUCAUCGGCGCCGUCGUCACAUUUGUCACCUGUGCCUACACCACCACUCGAGCUGCUACCCUCGGUCUGGCCAUGGGAAGCGGCAAGCCAGGCUACAGCUCCGUCGCUCUCGACGACGAACCCGGCCACGAUCUGGUCGACACCCAACCCGAAAGUCGCCGGGCCAUGCGCCAAGAAGCUCUCCGCCGCGCAGUGGAGUCCGGUGCGCUCCCAGCCUCCGCUCUCGACGAAAGUGACGAUGAAGACGAAGAAGACCAGGCCAAGCACAAGAACGAUGAUGAGAAGCAGAGGACGCAAUACAACUACUCCCUCUUCCACAUCAUCUUCAUGCUCGCCACGGCUUGGGUUGCGACCUUGCUCACGCAGAACAUCGGUGGUGAUCGGGAUAUCGAACAGGGCGAUUUCGUGCCCGUGGGAAGGACGUACUGGGCCAGCUGGGUUAAGAUUGUCAGCGCAUGGGUGUGCUAUGGAAUCUUUGGAUGGACCUUGGCGGCGCCGGUCAUGUUGCCGGAUAGGUUCGAUUACUCUUGA